AUGGAGGGGAAUGACCUCGACGUCGACGAUUCGCUGGAGGUGUUUGAAAUAAUGUCAAGUCCGUUUCCCAACCUAUACACACAUCGAAAGGUCGCAGAGUCAUCGGCCAAGGCCUGCGACAUAUGCUACAAGUCGAGCACGUCGGUUCUGAUUACGGCAGACAAGAAGGAUUUCUUUUACGUAUGCCCCGUUCAUCUCAAGGACCGGAACUUUUGUUCUCCCAAGAUUGAUGAGGAAGCGGCCAAAGCCAAGAAGGAGAAGGAAUUGGCAGCGGAGAUAGAGGAAGUGAAGAAGGAGUACGAGGAGAAGCAGCGGAGGAAGAAGGAAGCCAAAGAAGAAGCAAAGGAAAAAAGGAAGGCAAAGGAUGAAGACAAAGGCAAAGGCAAUGACAAAGACAAGGACAAGGACAAGGACAAGGACAAGGACAAGGGCAAAAACAAGGACAAUAAGGAUGACGAUAAAAGCGACAGCGAAAAAGUGGACGACAAGACAGAAGCUCAAGAAGAGGAACCGAGAAUCUUUGAGCUUAGGAGCGCAUUUUACCAGCAACGGCUUCAACGAAAGCGCCAGGCCGAGAAGGCAAAGAGAGAUCGCGAGCGGGCCUCACAGCCCGACUACUUUCCAUCUGUUCCGACCAACGUACCUGGCAAGAAAUGA